CGAACUUGGCUGACGCCAACAUGCCAAUUUAAGUUUCAUUUCCAUCCGAGAAAUGACAAGCCUGAAGUUGGAAAUAGUGCCAAACAAUUGGAAAGUCUUUAUGGAUAUAUAAAUGUCUCGAGCGCUGCACGUGCCGGUGGAUCAGUCCAGUGUUUCUGCAGGAGUCUGGAAACCAUUUCUGGCCUCUAUCUUCAGAUAACAAUGCUCAUCUAGAUUCAGAGCGGUGUGUGUUAGAGCUUUCUUCAUUCCAGCUCUUGUUUGAAUGGAGAAUGCUGGGAAUUACAGCGACGCUUCACUGCCAACUGGCAUGAUGAUCCAAUAGUAGCUGUUGACAACUCGACUUUACUGACAGACAUAUCUUGCCGGAUGAAGAACCACCACCUUCAGCUAAACCUUGCGAAGACAGAACCGCUCAUUCUCUCAGCCAACCCAGUACUUCAUCACUGCUUCUCCAUCAGGGGUGAAAUCUCAGCGAUGUGGAGUGGGUGGCCUUGAUGUGUAAUGUUUGAUAUCUGAGGAACUGAAGCUAGUUUUGCAUGGUCGGGCCGAACGGUGACCGGAUCAGCGAUGACCUCCAGGCACCGGUCCCGAGACGUGAACAUCUCUCCUCGCACUGACUCCACCUGACUCUGGACUACAGGACCCGAGCGAACCCUUGAACACACUCCUCCAGCUCCGGCCAUGUGGUGUGUGUGGCGGUGUGUGUGUCUGGCAGCGCUGCUGGCUCUCUCAGACUGUGCAGGAGCCGAUCAGAGACGAGGAGCGGAGGAAGGACUCAGAAGCUCCACCGGGAAGAGCAACAGCAGUCGGAAACACCACCGGAUUCAACACGGACAGUGCAGUUACACCUUCAUCCUCCCGGAGAACGACGCAGGAGCUUGUCGAGAGUAUAAAGCGGGAACGGCGUACAACGUGAACGCUCUUCAGCGAGACGCUCCUCAAGCCGAGGACGAGUUCUCCAGCCAGAAGAUCCAGCAGCUGGAGCACGUCAUGGAGAACUACACACAGUGGCUGCAGAAGAUUGAGAACUACGUGAAAGACAAUAUGAAGACGGAGAUGGUGCAGCUACAACAGAGUGCCGUUCACAACCACACAGCGGCCAUGUUAGAGAUGGGCACGAGUCUUCUCUCGCAAACAGCCGAGCAGACGCGCAAGCUCACCGAUGUCGAGACACAGGUUUUAAAUCAGACAUCACGGUUGGAAAUUCAGCUUCUGGAGAAUUCACUAUCAACCAACAAGCUGGAGAAACAACUCAUGAUACAGAUAAAUGAAAUCAACAAGAUCCACGACAAGAAUGGGUUCCUGGAGGAGAAGAUGCAGGAGAUGGAGGACCGGCACCAGCAGGAGCUGGAGGUCGUGCGUGAGGAGAAGCUCAGUCUACAGGCGCUGGUCAGCAGACAGAGCUCAGUGAUUCGAGAGCUGGAGGAUCAGCUGGCCCGAGCCAGCGGGAACACUAGCGCCCUCCAGACACAACAGCAGGACCUGAUGGAGACCGUGCGCAGCCUGAUCCAACUCUGCAACCGGGACGCCGACACAACGCUGGUGCCGAACAGCACAAAGCAAGCCGACGAGGAGAGGAAGUUCCGGGACUGUGCCGACCUCUACCAAGCCGGAUUCCAGAAGAAUGGAGUUUACACGAUCAACAUUAGCCCACAAGAGACCAAAAAGGUGUUCUGCAACAUGGAGUCUGCAGGCGGAGGCUGGACCGUCAUCCAGAGACGUGAGGAUGGAAGCGUGGACUUCCAGAGAUCAUGGAAAGAAUAUAAGAUGGGCUUCGGGAGUGUGUCGGCCGAACACUGGCUGGGAAACGAGUUCGUUCACGUUCUGACCAAUCAGAGGCAGUUCGGCCUGCGCGUGGAGCUGAGCGACUGGGACGGACACCAGGCCUUCUCCCAGUACGACAGUUUCCACAUCGACAGCGAAAAACACAAAUACAGGUUGUUCCUGAAGAGCCACAGUGGGACGGCUGGCCGGCAGAGCAGUUUGGCGAUCCACGGCACUGACUUCAGCACUAAAGACAUGGACAAUGACAACUGCACAUGCAAGUGUGCGCUGAUGCUCAGCGGGGGAUGGUGGUACGAUGCCUGUGGUCCAUCCAACCUGAACGGCGUUUACUACAGACAAGGACAACACGUCGGAAAAUUCAAUGGAAUCAAGUGGCACUAUUUUAAAGGGCCGAGUUACUCUCUCCGAUCCACUGUCAUGAUGAUCCGCCCGAUGGACUUCUCUUAGUCCUCCACAAACAUCCCCGAAAGCUUUAAAAGCAUUAUUUCUUCGGCCCGUGACGUUGCUCUGCGUAUAAUGCAGCUUUCAUUUGAGAUAACACUCCUUGAAACAGGAGCAUGUGAAUACGAGGCUGUUCUGUCACCUUCAUGGAGAGAUGGAAAACUUCCUGGGAAUUCAGGGCAGGAGCGGAAUUGGCGAGGCUUUUAUUUUUAAAUAUCAGAGGUAUGAAUUCAAGUGCCAUUCACUUGUCACUCAGGACCCGUGGACUGUUUUAACGCAGACACAUCACCUUUGAUGAAGUGCGUCGCCCUGCAAUCGCCUGGCUUUCAAAUCUGAAUUUAAAGCAGCUUGAAUGUCCUUCAAUAUCCUCAAAGGACCUAUUAAUGUUUUAUACAAACGUGUUGCACAGUUAUAUUUGGGUUAUGAUACUUUACUUCACAUUUUUAUGCUCUUUUUUUAUCCCAGUAUAUUAUUACUUUUUUAUUUUGUACAUUAUUGCUGUCAAAGUGAAGAAAACCAUAGCAUGAUGUAUUAAAAGUGACAGUGCUAUUUACAAGGACAUUUCAGCAAAGAAGAGCAAGCCAUCCUCUUACAUAGUAGUUAUGCCUUGCUUUUCAUUUUAAAAAAUAUAUAUAUAUAUAUAUAUA